AAUGUCCGCCAGAUGGCGCCACACGCUCACUUACAUCUGGUCCAACUACCUGUUUGCUGUUAAUGUGACUUUCCUUGUUAUAACUACAUGCAUUUUCAUGUUUCUGUGGUUUUAGUCUUUGAUUUAGCACUAUGCCGUAAACUUUAAGUCAAAGAGACAUAUAUAUUGCAUAAGGUUUAUUUUGAAGGCUAGUCUUUCCCCCUCCCUCUUGCUGCUUGGGAGAUAUGAACGUUUCUAAACAUACAGUACAUUGCUUCAUUAGUAUGUUUGACCUCUUGCAUUGUAGAUGCAUAUUCACACGCGCACACAUCUACUGCAGACAAGGAGACGCUUUGCUGAGCUGUGCUUGAAUUAUUAAUACAUUUUUUGCGAGAUCUCGGAGGGGGAAACACUCCUCAUUCGGUUUCCAUAGCACCGCCCCCAGGAGGCUCGCCUGGCCUUUCAUAUAAUAAACAACCAGUGAGAUUGAAAGCACAAAUUUGUACUCCAUGCUUUAAAAAAAUGAUUUUUUUUGUCGCAGUAAUGCAGUUCCACCCCCCCCCCCCCAAAAAAAAGAAAAACAGCCGGGAAUGUUUGAAAACGUACGGAUUGCGAAUGUUUCCCGUGAUGUCUAACCCCUCCCAGUUAAAGUGGGCAGAUUGGCGUGUAUGGAGAAGGGUGGGUGGUGGGAAGGGGUUCUGUCUAGAGUGUAGCGCGCGCUCCGGUGCAUAAGCGACGGGCAGCACGCGCCGUAUCGCUGACCUUGGUGCUGAAAUUGGUUUCCGUGCACCAGAUAAUACAAACCGGAAACUGUCUUUCCAGUCCUUUAUUUGAUCGCUCAUUGUAUUUGUUAUCCGUGUAGAUUUCCGUUGAUUAGAUUUUUUUUUCUUUUUCCACUAAACUUUUUUCCAACCCUAAUCUUCUAAAAAGCAGUCGGGUUUGACGUGAACAUCAAAUGUAUUGCCUCGCGCCGAGAUGGCAGUGAAAACGCUCACGAUGCGUAAGAAGAACGAGUUUCUCAUUCCGAACAGAGAGAGCCACUCCACUUCUGAUUUCUCCUGUCAUAUAUAGCUAGGUGUUUUUCUUUUCUUUUUUUUUUUCUUUCUUCACUUUUCGUGUCUGAGGAUCAGACGUCGUGCUUCUGUAGCUAUCUGUGCGCCUUAAUCACAGAUCUGCUGGGUGUCUGUCCGGUAUGUCCGACCAGCUCGUCCGUGACAUGAUACUUUAACACUAACGAAAAGAAAACGAGGGAUUAUCAUAUUUGGACAUGGAUACUCCGAAGGAGCCCGGUUCUGUGCCCAGGAAAGAGGCUUUCAAGCAACUAGCAGGGAAGACGCUGGGUCAUUUGUACAAAGUGUUGGAGAAGAGACAGAAAACUGGAGAAAAUAUUGAAUUAACGGCAGAUGGCCGACCGGCGCGGAGCAGUGAGAGGAAGGCGCCCUUAUGUGACUGCACGUGCUUCGGACUCCCGCGCCGCUACAUCAUCGCUAUCAUGAGCGGCCUGGGCUUUUGCAUCUCUUUCGGGAUUCGGUGCAAUUUGGGCGUGGCCAUUGUGAGCAUGGUGAACAACAGCACCAUUCACCAGAACGGCAAAAUCAUCAUCAAAGAGAAAGCCAAGUUUAACUGGGACCCAGAGAUAGUGGGAAUGAUCCACGGCUCAUUUUUCUGGGGUUAUAUAGUGACCCAAAUCCCAGGAGGGUACAUAUCAUCGCGAUUAGCAGCGAACAGAGUGUUCGGGGCGGCCAUCGUUCUCACCUCCACCCUCAACAUGUUCAUACCGUCAGCUGCGCGCGUGCACUACGGCUGCGUCAUAUUCGUCAGGAUAUUACAGGGGCUCGUGGAGGGAGUGACAUACCCAGCAUGCCAUGGGAUUUGGAGUAAAUGGGCCCCGCCUCUGGAGAGGAGUCGCUUGGCUACCACCUCCUUUUGUGGAUCCUACGCUGGUGCAGUCAUAGCCAUGCCUCUAGCUGGGAUCCUGGUGCAGUACACUGGCUGGUCCUCUGUCUUCUAUGUCUAUGGGAGUUUUGGCCUCGUGUGGUACAUGUUCUGGAUCUUGGUGUCCUAUGAGAGUCCUGCCGAGCAUCCUACAAUCACAGACGAGGAGCGCUGUUACAUCGAGGAAAGCAUUGGAGAAAGUGCCCAGCUGCUGGGCCCUGCUGAGAAAUUCAAGACGCCCUGGAGGAAAUUCUUCACCUCAAUGCCUGUCUAUGCAAUUAUCGUGGCCAACUUCUGCAGAAGCUGGACCUUCUACCUGCUGCUCAUCAGCCAGCCAGCAUACUUCGAGGAAGUGUUUGGCUUUGAGAUCAGUAAGGUUGGCAUGCUGUCAGCCCUUCCUCACCUUGUGAUGACCAUCAUCGUGCCCAUUGGAGGGCAGAUAGCGGAUUACCUGCGCAGUAAGAACCUCAUGUCUACCACCAAUGUCCGAAAGAUCAUGAAUUGUGGAGGCUUUGGUAUGGAGGCUACUCUGUUGCUAAUAGUAGGAUACUCUAAGAGUAAAGGCAUGGCCAUCUCAUUCCUAGUGCUAGCUGUGGGCUUCAGUGGGUUUGCUAUAUCAGGCUUCAAUGUCAAUCACUUAGACAUUGCUCCACGUUAUGCCAGUAUUCUAAUGGGCAUCUCAAAUGGAGUGGGGACCCUGUCAGGCAUGGUGUGCCCUCUGAUUGUCGGUGCUAUGACCAAAAAUAAGACCAGAGAAGAGUGGCAGUAUGUGUUCCUCAUUGCCUCAAUGGUACAUUACGGUGGUGUGAUCUUCUACGGCCUCUUCGCAUCGGGUGAGAAACAGCCAUGGGCUGAUCCAGAGCAGACCAGUGAAGAGAAAUGUGGCUUCAUCGAUGAGGACGAGCUGGCUGAGGAAACUGGAGACAUCACACAAAACUACGGAGCUCUGGGUGCCCCUGCCAAGACAUACGGAGCCACCUCACAGAUGAACGGAGGAUGGCCUGAAGGAUGGGAGAAAAGAGAAGAAUAUGUACAAGAGGGAGCAGAAGAGGGAGGGUACGGCUACAGGCAGGGCAGAGAGUACUCCUAG